AUGGCCACUACAUCGGCCUCGGCCGGCUCGCUGGGCAUUUUCCAGUCGGCCUCGGUCUGCCGAAGCCCAUUGGAGGCGACGGUAACUGAGCCUCAGUUAUUCGAUCACCUGUCCAGCAUGGAGACGCAGUCCGGCCUCAAUGCCCCCGUAGACUUCGAUGCCGCCUCAAGCGUUCUCUCCUCCUCUCUGUCGCCCUCGCUUCUCUCCGCAGCAGCCUCGCCAUGCUCUCUCUCGGGCGCAUCUCUUUUUGGCGAAGCCACGCUGCUGGUACCGCCCGGCGGUCAGCUGAUGAAUAUGUCCUCGGACGAGCCGGAGCUGUGCCGGAAGCAGACGUUGGCCGGUCUCCCGUCGUUGCUGGACGACUCGACCAGUUCCGCCGCCUCCAUCACAUGUCUGGCUACUCACGGCGACCGUCUGGCCGGCAGGCCCUCGCUUCAGCUGCUCGCCGCCUCCGAGGAGUUGGCCGGUGUUGAGACGUCCUGUGAUUUCGCGGGUCACAACUCUCGCUUCGCUCACACCCUGCCGUCGACUCGGCCCACGUUGGUACUGCCGCCCGGCGACGCGUCAGACCUGUCCGGUGAUGUCGAGAUGGAGGAGGCGAUGCUAAUCGACCGACUCGCCAACGAGCUGCCUCUACGUUGCGAUUUCAGUCCUGAGCUGCAGUUUUUUGAUCCUCAAGAUCCCGGAUGCCCCAGCUCACAUUCGCUACCCGAUUUGGCCGACAUCACCUCGUUGACCAGCUCGCCCCGUCUGUCCGACACGUCCGACUGCCUUGAGUCGGUCGGAGAUGCGCCGCUGCCUGACCAGUCGGCUCAACUGCCUCCCGCGUCACUUGCAGUCUCGCUUUUGCCCGCUGCCACGGUGACUUCUGUGUCGGACCUAAAGAUGACCUUCGACGCACAAUUCGACGAUGCCAUGAACGUGAUUCAGGCCAGCGAUCAGUGUCAACAACACCGACCAGAACGAAAGCAUUAUCACCGCGGUCUGCCUUCACCACCGCGCACACUCGCUGCUCGGCUUCGAGGUCCCAGCAAUGGGCAGCCGUCACACCUCGUCGGCUCCCUAGCACUCAGAGGGGGACUUUGCGUCGACAGUCUGGUGCCACACCAGCCGAGUGUGAUCUCGCCAAGGUCUGCGCUCAAUUCGAUUUCCGUUGACGACAUGCUACACCAUGAGACUGAUCUAUCGGGGUGUGCUCCAGUUGCUAUGGUGACGGAUGAACUUGUGUGUAGAUAUACAAGUCUAAAGUCGGGCACUGUUAGGCUGGAUGAGGAGGCGGAUAGAGAAGAGCCAGAUGUACAGGAGGAGCGAGAGGACGCAUUCGACAGAACAACGGCGCCACUUACGAAGGAGGCUCUGGACGAUGAAGCCAUAGAUAUGCAAGAGAUUAUCCACUCUUCCGCAGACCCGAAGGUCAUGCCUCUCUUCGAAGUAUGCCAUAGCCUGGGGCCGUGUGGCCGACUCUUCUCCACAACUCCAGGCCUGCGUCGUUCCUUGAGAGAGCGCUCUCACCAAGCUGUUCUGCUUUCCUCAGAUCUGGCUAGCAUUUCCAAAUCGAGCUUGUUCACCAUCUAA